AGACGUUGCAUCAUGGGAGUUUAUGUAAAAUCCAAGAUGGCAGCCGCCUGUGUGAGAACGCUGGGUAAGGUCGGCAGGCUGGUAUUGGAGACUCCAGCAUGCCGGGCAGCGAACAGUUAUGCUGCAGUGCCGAGGAUUACUCUUCGUGGAUCUAACCGAUCAUACGGAACCGGUGCCGGGGGGUUCCGGUCUAAUCCUUUUUUCACCCCCCAGCUGCGCAGCGUCAGGGUGCUGGGAUGUUCGUUUUUGCUCGGUGGUGGGCUGGGUCUAUACCAGACUCUUAAAUUAACUUUUCAGCGUCACCUUGCAGAAGAAGAGGCAAAACCAUCUGGAUCCGGUGCAGAAGUGAAGUUGACCCUCUACCAGUACAAGACGUGCCCCUUCUGCAGUAAGGUGCGAGCGUUCCUGGACUACCAUGGUCUCCCAUAUGAGAUUGUGGAGGUUAACCCAGUCAUGCGGAAGGAGAUUAAGUGGUCCAGCUACAGAAAGGUCCCCAUCUUGAUGGUGAAUGACACAAUGCAACUGAACGAUUCAUCUGUCAUUAUUAGUACUUUGAGAACCUCCCUAAUUAGCAGGGAGAAAACAAUUUCUCAGAUUCUCGAGUGUUACCCAAAGAUGACGUCGAAGAAUGACAGUGGGAAGGAGGUGGUAGAGUACAACAACAAGUACUGGAUCAUGGUGGCGGGCGGAGAGGAAGAGAAGCUGUACCCAGAAAAAGGAGCAAGGAUAGAGGAGAUAAAAUGGCGCAAGUGGGCAGAUGACUGGCUGGUUCACCUCAUCUCGCCCAACGUCUACCGCACACCCACCGAGGCCUUGACAUCCUUCGACUACAUCGUGCGCGAGGGCAAAUUUGGCACCUUUGAGGGCUUCUUUGCCAAGUAUGUGGGUGCUGCUGCCAUGUGGCUCAUUUCGAAGAGGCUCAAAAGUAGACACAACCUGCAGAAUGACGUGAGACAGGACCUGUACAAAGCUGCCAAUGACUGGGUGGCAGCCAUCGGCAAAGAGAGGAAGUUUAUGGGAGGGGAAGAGCCCAACCUGGCAGAUCUGGCAGUGUUUGGUGUCCUGGGAGUGAUGGAGUGCAGCCCGCUGGCGUUUAAUGACAUGAUGGAGAACACCAAGAUCAAGCCGUGGUACAGGCGCAUGGAGAAGGCCACGCAUCAAAACAAAGCAAAGCAUUGACGUUACACUGGUCAUGUGACUGAGAUGGGACGUACGUGAAAAUGGACUUACGCCACCAGAUGCUAAAGCAUUUGCAAUAGCAGUGCACAAUUUAUGUUUUUCCUUCUGCAGUGGCUUGCUUUGGAAGCUGUCCAUGCCCCUCCAAAACACUUGCGAAAAGCUACAAUUCAGAUGUGCUAUAAGGGAAAAACAUGAACAAUAAUUUAAUUUGUCAAAAGAAUCCAAAGUCUCCAAAUAUUAUCCGAUGUUAAUCCAAUGUGAUUGCUAUGCAUUUGAGGAAUUCUGAGAUGCACCCAAAAUCAGCCAGUUUAUGAAUUAAUGUGUGGUAAUUAAAGCACCAGUCUCUGGGGUGGCGUUUAAAAGGGUAUUCUAAGGACUUGAUUUCAGAUGGCACCUACCAUAGAGUUAGGCCUGACCGUACAGUCUUAGCAUUCUUGUCAAAUGCAAUUGUUUUCCAACUGUUUUUCCUCUUCACAGCUGAAGUUUAAUAAGGUUACAGUUUCUAUUAGUUAAAUUAAACGGUUUCGGUAAUUUCUAGAGGCAAGGUCAGGAAUAGAUUGAACUAAUGCAUUGUGCAAGGAUGAAGGCUACAUGCAGUUGCCUUUCCUCUAGCUGCCAUGGCUAUAUUCUGUUGGCUUUGCUUCCUUCAAUGAUUUUUCCAUUGUUUCAAAUGCCAUUGAAUAACACUUCAUCGCAAUAGGGGAAUGACAUCAGUUUUCUGUAUUUUCAUUUAUGUCUACCUCUCAUUAGGGAAAUCAGGACUCAGAAUUUAUCACUCAAAAGACUGGUGUUGUGUGAAUAUGAAUUAUCCUGUUUCUGAUCUAUAAUACAACUGAAGAAAGUAUCGACUGGUGUACUUGCUUUUGGUUAUGACACUGAUAAUUGAUAGGUUUUGCAUUUUAACAAACAAGGGGGAACCAGAUUGGUAAACCAUUGUUACAUAUGGGCUAGGAAUUGUUUAUUUCUAUGCAUUCACCCAUGGAAAAGUACUAAAGGAGUAAUUUAUUUCCAGUUGUAAAAGGUUCAAUAAAACACAAUUGAGUACCAA